AUGGUCCGGAGCUACAUGGAACGCCCAAAUGCAAUCAUUCUUGCCGUCGUGUCCGCCGAGCACAGUUUCGCCCAGCAAGAGGUGAUAAAAUUAGCCAAGGAUAUAGACCCUACUGGCGAGCGUACCCUGGGAGUCAUAACUAAACUAGAUAUGCUUAUACGGGGCUCUGAAGAAGAGGCGUCUUAUUUACGCCUCGCGCAGAACACGACGAAUACUCUUCGACUAGGUUGGCAUGUUCUCCACAACGAAAGCGAAACUCCGCGUGACACUCGGCUCAAGGGCCAUGACAAACCCAAGCCUAGCUUCUUCGAAAUCGGCACAUGGGCUGCCUUGGAUCGAAGAAUUGUCGGCGCCGAGGCGUUAAGAUAUCGGAUUUCCAGAGUGCUCAGGGAGCAUGCUUUACGCAGAGUCCCACCCCUUCUGAAGCAAUUACGCUCCACUGCCAAGAUCUACCAAGAAGAGCUCUCCAGGCUCGGCAUGCCUCGGACAAGUACCGCCGAGCAACGUCAAUAUCUUCUCAAAGUCAGUCGCGGGUUUUCCUCCCUUAUUAGCGCCUCUCUUGAUGGGUUCUAUAGGGACCCUUUCUUUGGAGCUAGCGACUCCCAGGAACGGUACGCAAACCGCCUUAGGGCUACGAUACAACACGCAUUGGCAUCUUUCGAGUCAGAGAUGCGAAAUACGGGUCAACAGUGGACGAUAGUAGAAAGUUCCCCGUCCGUUGCUUUGAGUUUGAACGCCAUUACCAGGGAACGCUACAUCAGAGAGGUCCAAGUGAAGAUGAAACACAAUAGGGGCUCUGAGCUCCACGGAACAUAUAAUCCAAUAAUCGUUGGGGAAUUGUUUCGAGACCAGUGUACGCCAUGGACCCGUAUCGCUUUGGCGGCUAAAGAGUCCAUCAUGGACAUUGUACACCAAACAAUCCUAGAAGCCGUGAACCAUGUCGCAGCUGAAGAAACAGCACUCUACAUCUUUGAGUUCAUCAACAAUAGGCUCGAGGCUCUCCGGGAUGGCCUAGAUCAAAAAGUGGCCGAGCUGCUCGAACCGCAUGUGAACGGGAACCCCAUAACCUACAAUAAGGUAUUACUGGACAAGGUCAAGGCGAAGCAGACAAAAAGAAACAAGACCACCUUUACAGUCGCGCUAUCCAAGCUGCUGGGUUUCCCGGUGACUGGCACUGCAUCAAAUAUUCCUAGUGGUGUAAAAGGCACCGACAUCCUCGACCUAAUUACGGAGGAGCUCGAAAACAUGUCAGACUUACAUGGAAUCAAUACCGCCGUGGACUAUAUGGAGUCAUAUUACGAGGCAAGCUCACCCGUGUAUCGCGCGUCCUGCGAGAUACGUGUACCUUUAACGGCUUAA